ACGUCAUAGACAGAAUUCUACUUUGUUUUGGUGCGGAUAAUUUUCUCUUUGGGGCUCAAAUUGAUCGGGAAUUUCCACAAUAGCGGCGCUCUACCUAACUCAUUAGGGACCCCAACUUUCCCCGAGAUGGGAAACUGUCUUAAAUCGACAGGACAAGACGAUAUCUCACUUCUACACGAAGAUGAAGGCGCGGACUCACCGACUUCUGGGCAGGGAGAACCUCCGCCACCUUACCAAGAAGAAGCUCCUAUUUAUAUACAAAGUCAACGUUCGCCACAUUUAUUAUCAGAGGAGCAACAAAUUCGUCUGGCUCAGCGAUUAGGAUUGAUUCAACAUUUGCCCGUAGGAGAAUAUGAUGGGUCAAAAGGGAAAAAACGAGAAUGUGUAAUAUGUAUGACUGAUUUCAUGGUUGGUGAUCCGAUUAGAUUUCUACCCUGUAUGCACAUAUAUCACAAGGAGUGCAUUGACGACUGGUUGGUGAGAUCAUUUACGUGCCCUUCUUGUAUGGAACCUGUAGAAGCAGCUCUUCUGUCAACAUAUGAAACGCCAGAGUGACAUGGGCUGCAUAGACCUGCUUGUGUAAUGACACAGAAGCAGCAUCAAUCAGACUGAUAGGCUACUAAGCACACUCAGGAACCAAGUUCUUUCGGGUGGAUUUAGCAAGUUGGUGGAGUAAAUUGAGUGGACCUUUUGGUUGCAAUUAACCAAAGUUAUGGGAAGUUUACAGAGUCUUACCCUAGAUAAAACCAUCUCUUAAAUUACCCAUCUAUCACUUUGUCUAUUAAAUGCAUGUUAUAGUUCGAUAGGUUUGUAUAGUAAGACUGCAACCCUUGUUAAAAAAAGGCCUCAGGCUUCAUAUAAAGAGCUACUCUUUAGAUUAAACCAUUUUAAAAAGAGCUAGAACCAGUUUGCCUAGAGAAAGCUAGUUGUGUUUUAGUCAUAUAGUUUUUCACAUCAUGAUGCUGAAUUUGAUAGCCCCCUUUGGUUUUGUAACGCUUAUUGUAACAUUGAUCUAAAUAGACCCAAUCGGCUAACAGCGUUUGCAGCAUGUCACCCCCUUCUCAGAUCAUGCGAUGAUUCCUAUGGGGGGAUACUUGUCUGUUUUCACAUACACUCGUUUGAGUGAGAAAAAUUGUACAAUUGUAUCCACACACAAUCAUCAAACAUCCUGAAUUGGGUGGCAUCAAGAUGAAAACACCGUUAGCUGAUUUGGUCUGGCGAAUCUAGUAAGAUGAACUAUACAUACAAUGGUUUAUUAUAGUUGUCUGAUAGAAACUAAUGGACACAAUGCGCAGCCUUUUCACACUCAUGAACUAAAAGAGUGAUCAUACAUUUUAUUUUGUUGUUCCUAUGGUAACAGCACAACAAAUAGGUUGUUCAGUAUUUUUCUGAGUUUGUUUAAAUUAUGCUUUUACACACCCUAAUGGCCAGCAAGAUAAUUGGUUUUGUAAAUAGAUGUUUGUUUAUUGGUAAUUUUUUAUAAUUGAGUUAAAGUUCAGUACAAGUACAACUUGGUUGACGCUUAGAAUUUUAAAAAUGAUUGAUACUGUUAUUAAUUUAAUAUUUUUAAAUAGCCAA